AUGGCCAAGUCAUACGAUUAUCUUUUCAAGCUACUUUUGAUUGGUGAUUCUGGUGUCGGGAAAACAUGUGUGUUAUUUCGGUUUUCAGAUGAUUCAUUCAAUAAUUCAUUCAUCUCCACGAUUGGGAUCGAUUUCAAAAUACGGACAAUAGAAUUGGAGGGAAAAAAAAUAAAACUACAAAUAUGGGAUACUGCUGGGCAGGAACGCUUCAGAACAAUCACUACCGCCUAUUAUCGAGGAGCUAUGGGAAUCAUGUUAGUUUAUGAUAUAACAAAUGAGAAAUCAUUUGACAACAUCAAAAAUUGGAUUCGAAAUAUUGAAGAGCAUGCAUCAUCUGAUGUAGACCGAAUGAUUAUUGGCAAUAAAUGCGACGUUGAAGAAAGGCGACAGGUAUCAAGAGAGCGCGGCAAACAGUUAGCUAUCGAAUAUGGAACGAAGUUCAUGGAAACAUCAGCUAAAGCAAAUAUUAAUGUUGAGGAGGCGUUUUUUACUUUGGCUCGAGAUAUAAAAUUAAAAACAGAACGUGCAUCACAACAGAUUACCACUCAGAAUACUGGUCGAAUAACAGUUCAGCAAACGCCGAAAAGAAGUUCAUCCAUUUUUUCGAAUUGGAGAUGUUCACUUCUUUAA